CUUGACCUCCUUCCUUCCUUGGCACUCUCUGUUCCUCUCUCUCUCUCUCUCUCUUUCUCUCUCUCUCCCUCACCCUCGUUUUCCACCCCGUGUGUCCGCUGGUUCCAUUCAUGCGACUCGUUCUUUGCUCGCUCUCUCGUUCGCUGCUCUCCUUGAUUUAUCGAAGUUGCCAGUGAAAAACGUUCUUCCUUCGUAGCUCCACUACUCGACCACCGAUAUCCUGUCAACGUGUAUUAACGAUCAAUGUUACAGAAAAUGCGUACUGUGGCUGUAUGGACCGCUUUUGUAUUAGCGUACUCAAGCAGCCCGUUCGUGGCCGGUAUACGAUACAUCGAUCCGAUCUCGCCGCAAUCAGGGAACACCGGCAUCGCCGAGAAGCGCGUUGACCUGACUGAGCCGACAUGCGAGGAAUUGAGGGCAAUGUGGAGGUACACCAAGCGACAAAGCAGGGCUGCUAAAACCACUACCGGAUACUCUCUUUAUCCUGAUCCAUUUUCGUACAACGUCUGGAAGUCUUAUCCCGAACGCCCCAAGUCCCUUCACACCCACCGUGGAAGGCUCGCGGGAAGAGCACGUAACCGUGCAGGAAGUAGUGCUCCAAUUUAUGGGAGGAUGGUACAUAAAGCACCAGCAGGCAGCAGAUUAAGAAAUGGAAUGCGACCUCCAGCACGGCCUUUUGACAAACUCCCGCGACUUUUCGGAACAAUCAAUUCGUAUCCGUCGAAUCGACAUCCAAACAUGAAAUACCGUACGAUUGUUGGUUCCCCUCAGGUCCCUCAGGCGGGCAGUUUUCAGCAUUUGAAGGAAUUACUCCGCGCUGAACGAGCUCGUGAACUACAGGUUAAUAACAGAGAACAACAUAAAGCUGAAAAACUCGCAGAAAAGACAUUUACCUUCAAGGAUACCGUUGACAACGAGCACCCUUUUCAUAUGCAAUCUCGGAAGCAAUUUCCGAAGCCGACACUGCGAAUGCCGACGAAAAUUAAUUAUGAAUUCGGUCAAGGUCGACAUACAUCGAACGUGCCAAAUAUUGGUCAGGCUUGGACGAGGAGCAGUCCUCAGUCUCGUGAAUACUUGUUGCGUUAGUAUCUCGACGGACUACCGACAUCUCCAACACGAAGAAGCUAUCUUAAUGAUCAACGUAUUAAUUCCUUGAAUACGUUCGCACGCGACAAGAUGCAAAAGAUUCGUAUUUGCUUUCUUGGCAAUCUUCGAUACCCCAAAAUUUUCGUAAGCCAAAUCCUUGCGUUGAUAGCAGUGAGUAUCGUCCCACGAAAGGGCUUUUCAUUUUCGUUCUUCCUCCUCCGUUGUUAUCGAAAAUUGUUCUUAAGGAUUUCAUUGUCUUGCAUUGAAAUCUCGGACCUCGAUCUCCGCGUUAUCUCGAUUCAAUCAACGUGUGUUACCUAAUAAAUGUAAGUCAAUAAAUGGAACGAAUCGAUGGAAAGUCGUGACCGGAAGGAAAGAAGUUUCGAUAUGUGGCAACGCUACAAAAUGUAUAUUUUCUUAAUUCGUUUAAACUCGCACAGAUUUAAUUACGCGGACGUACCCGCUGCCUGUGUAGAAUCUUCCAAAUAUAUAAAUUUAAUACUAUUUCUGAAAAUAUGGCUGCAGCGGCAACGUAAUCGUACCUUUGUGCCGCUGAGCGGAGAAAACACGAGCAAAAUGUUGCAUUUUCGUUUUUUUUCAAUUAUACUAAUAUUAGUUAUUAGUACUUUUAAUUAUGCCAAUAUUAGUGAUGCCAUAAUAUAUAAAUACUAUACUAAUAUUAUUUUUCGCAAAUUGAUUGAAGAUUUCAAACGAGAAAGAAUAAUGUUAUAGCUUAUUUAGUAAUUACUGUUUUAUCUAGCUAUAUGAUUUUAUGACAAUAAACUGGUCCUACUGGUUCCUAUAGUAGACUCUAUUCUUAACGUGGUUAGUCUAAAAAAUAUUUAGACACUUUUAAAUAAGAAAAUUCUCUUUUAUUUUAUUUACAGACACCAAUAUAGUAUCGUUUAUAAUUAUUUGAGCAAACAUUGGAUAUAAGUCGAAGUUGAAGGUUAUUCGAAUUAUAAACGAUACUUUAUGUCUAUUACAAUUUUAUUUAUUAACUAUAUUAUUAAUUUAAAUUUUAAUAGAAUUAAAUAAUAAUGGUAGUCGUACCUAGUCGAUGAUUAUAUAUUAUAAUAUCUAUUUCUUCUAUCGGGAUCUUCGUUUCUAUUCUUCGAAUAUGAAACCAUUUAAUAAUGGCUGCAACGGUAAUCGAAAUAAUACUAUAAUCGAUAUUCCAAUCCAAGAUAGAAAUUAAACUAUUAUGCUCUGGUUUUCUCCGCCUUAUUUAAACUUGACAAUAAAAUAGAAAGACUAAUAUUUUGAAAAUUUUGACAAUAUAUAUAUAUAUAUAUAUGUAUAAAUAUAUAUAUAUAUACAUACUUAAGAUAAGAGAUAAAUAAAGCAUAAUCAACGGAACUAUACCGAAGACAAUAAUUACUGUUAAGAGAUAUUCUUGUAACCUGUACGUGCAAUCGACAUGGAUGCGGUUUCAAUUUUGCGAUAUAUGAGAGGUAAAGUGUUAUAGUGUAUUAAAAAUUAUAAUAAUUAAAUACUUACAUAUAAAUUGUUUUGAAAAAACAAAAGGAAUGAAAACGCACCAGUGGACAUCUUGUUCAACAUACUUAUUUAAACUAUAUGUGUAUCGAUUACACGUACAAUCAAUUUGACUUUCGACCCUUAAGCGCUGGAUCGAUUGCCCGCAAAAUUUGAAAGUUAGACUAUAACUCACGAUUGAAAUAUUUUGAUUACUUUUUCAACAUAAAUGUUUUUGUUAAACAAACAUAUCAAGAACAAUAAUAAUUAUGUGAAUAGAAAGAAAUUUCUUGUUCAUGUGAACCAAGAACACAAAAUAUUUAAAAAAUCAGUUCUUUUUAUCGCGUUAAUUUAUUAGGAAUUAUGAGACAAUAAGAAAUAAGGGCUUAAGGGUUCUAAUUAUAUAAAGACAAUAAAUAUAAACGUUUCUUGUAAUCGUAUAACAGAAAAAUAAUGAAGUAGGUUAAAGAUAUUUACGUGGCUUAAUCCAUAUCUCAUGCUGAGAAUUAAUGACUUUCAGCUCCUAUGACAGCGUACAAAAACCAAAAAAAAAAAAGAAAAGAACUUCUGAAUAAUUAUAUGGAACGGUUUGAUACCAAUCGCGGUUCUAAUAUUUGACUAUAAAUACUUUAUACUUGUAUACAUCUCUUUGAAUACGACAUGUGCGUACA